UCCUCAGCCAUCACCACACGCAGACCACCCACGUGCCGUGACGACCCGAGGCUCGGAGCCCGUUGCUCUGCCGCGACUUCGGCCGCCCUUCCAGGGUCCCUCUGGGGCAUGGCGAUCAGGCGGCUGGGCUGAUGGCGCUUGAUGGCGCGGAGAUCCAGCAAGGUGGUGGCUCUGCUGAGUGUGCUCUGUGCUACUGGAUUUCAUUGCUCGGCAGCCACUGGUGCUGGUGCUGCAUGCCCAGAUGACCCAGACGUGGAUCUCUGCGAUGAUUCCCCUGUUGCUGGCGGAUGCCCAGAUGACCCAGAAUCGGAUCUCUGCGAUGAUUCCCCUGUUGCUGGCGGAUGCCCAGAUGACCCAGAAUCAGACCUGUGCGAUGAUUUCGAACCUGAGUCCCCUGUCGCUGGCGGAUGCCCAGAUGACCCAGAAUCGGAUCUCUGCGAUGAUUCCCCUGUUGCUGGCGGAUGCCCAGAUGACCCAGAAUCAGACCUGUGCGAUGAUUUCGAACCUGAGUCCCCUGUCGCUGGCGGAUGCCCAGAUGACCCAGAAUCGGAUCUCUGCGAUGAUUCCCCUGUUGCUGGCGGAUGCCCAGAUGACCCAGAAUCAGACCUGUGCGAUGAUUUCGAACCUGAGUCCCCUGUCGCUGGCGGAUGCCCAGAUGACCCAGAAUCGGAUCUCUGCGAUGAUUCCCCUGUUGCUGGCGGAUGCCCAGAUGACCCAGAAUCAGACCUGUGCGAUGAUUUCGAACCUGAGUCCCCUGUCGCUGGCGGAUGCCCGGACGACCCUGAUUCAGACCUGUGCGAUGGAUUGGGAGUGACUGAAGAGGACGGUCCGAAGUUGUAUAUCAUCAUUGUUCCUUUGUCUGCGCUGGUUGCGGUCUCGACCCUCGUCUGCCUGAUCGUGAUAGGGCGCAAGCGUCGCACGCACGUUGAGGAGCCCGGCGAUUGCGGCCACCUGAAGGACGCCGCUGGCAUCUUCCCAGCGAAGGACGAGGACGGCGGCCCGAGCAUCGCCCUGGAGGAGGGCCUGGCUGCCCUCCCCCAGGCGCGCGUCGUCCGCCCCUCGCGUGGUGCCUGGCCAGUGUGCCCCCGGCGCCCCUCCGUGGCGCCCUGCCCAGCGCCGCUCGCGGCCGCAGCGGCUCGGGCCGUGUGGGAGGUGGACAUGCUCCUGGCGCCUGCACCACGCCGCGCCCUCGGCACAGGCGGCGGGCGCCACCGCUUGAUGCUGCCGCCCGUGGCGGGCGCAGCGCAUGCGUCUGCGAAGGCUGAGAAGACAGCCGGCUGCGAUGGCUUUGCGGCGUCACACGCGGACGUUUCCUUGGAGUUAGCCCUCGGCGGCUGAGAGCGUGAGCAGCCGCGAUCGCUGCGUCCCGCGCCGCUCGCAGCCGAGAAGACGGCUGGCCGUGGUGGCGGUCGGUCGUGUCGCUGUCGGACGCCUCCCCUGUUGCGCGCCCUCGGCGGCUGGGAAGGUGGCCAGCCGCCAGGGCUGUUUCCCAAGCCGCUCGCGCUGAUGCUGCUCUCUGAAGAGACCGGCCCUGGAGUGACGCUGCCGGUGGCAGUCCACGUGCCUGGCAUCGUGUAAUUUUAUAUCCGGGUCUUGGAAUAUGUCGUUGAGCUUUCCCAUGGCCCGUUCGGUAGUUUUUCUCAAUAACUUUUAUCCUCAGUUCUCCAGCUCUCGUGGGUUUUCAGUGCAUGCCGCAGCCGAGUGCUCCAUUCCUCCAAGCGGCCGAACUGGCCAGCCAAAUUUUCAAAAGAGUCACCUGCCUACGGCGAACGCCGCCACCUUGCCAGCAGCGCAGCAGGAAGGAGCUUGAGCUUGAGACUCGUUCCGGGUCAAGUGCCCAGUGUAAGAUGGCGUGGGUCUUGGACAUCGCCUCCUUUUACGCAGCCUCGUUCUCAUCUUCCCCCCGCUGGCCCAACCCUACAUGUGCGUCAAAGUAGUGUACACAUGUUGAUUUGGUUGUGAUAUGGGUGAGGAGUGCCGAGAGGCAGGUCCCCAAGAAUCGUGCGUGGAGACUCUCAUGACGGCACUGGCAUGAGAACUUAAAGGGCCUUGAAGCAGAGCGGGCGGGGAUCAUGUGAGUUGUGCGUGAAUGAUCUGAGCAUGCUCGUCAUUCGGGUUUCGACUCCCCGUGGCCCCAACGCCGGCUUCUUUUCCUCUCAUCGGGUGAGGAGCGCCGAGAGCCUUGCCCCCAAGAUUCGUGUGUGGACAGUUUCAUGUCGGCGCUGCCAUCAGUGCAUAUUGGACCUUAAAACAGAGCGGG